GGCCGGCCGUGGGGGCUGGUGACGCGGGCAGGCGCUCACGGAAGGCCCGGAGGCGGGGCUCUGCCGGCUGCCCAGAGAGCGGCAGGACAGAAUGCUUUGAUCUCCAAGCUGUUUUAAAUCUAGUAGAUAAGCCAGAUACCGUGUUGCCAUAAGCCCUUGGCCCACAUUUGAGUGAAAUGCAGCUAGCUUGGAUGUCUGGAACUUCUUAGGCACCUGUCUCUGAAUUCCUGGUUGCUGGCCUAAGGACUGCUGUGGUGGUUUAAGAGUUGGUCAUCCGUGCAGGAUAGCCACACAGCAAAAAUGUUUGCAAAACUAAAGAAGAAAAUUGCAGAAGAGACUGCUGUCACCCAGAGGCCAGGAGGUGCUACUAGAAUCCCACGGUCGGUGAGCAAGGAAUCGGUUGCCUCUAUGGGAGCUGACUCAGGAGAUGACUUUGCUUCUGAUGGAAGCAGCUCCAGAGAAGAUCUUUCGUCCCAGCUUUUGAGAAGGAAUGAACAGAUACGGAAAUUAGAGGCCAGGCUUUCUGACUAUGCUGAACAGGUCCGAAACUUGCAGAAGAUAAAAGAGAAGCUUGAAAUUGCGUUAGAAAAACACCAGGAUUCUUCCAUGCGGAAAUUUCAAGAGCAGAAUGAGACAUUCCAAGCCAACAGAGCCAAAAUGGCAGAAGGACUGGCUUUGGCAUUAGCCAGAAAGGACCAGGAAUGGUCAGAAAAAAUGGAUCAGCUUGAAAAGGAGAAAAGGUUUCUGACAGCUCAGUUACAGGAGAUGAAGAACCAGAGUUUGAACCUUUUCCAGAGGAGAGAUGAGAUGGAUGAAUUAGAGGAGUUCCAGCAGCAGGAACUGAGUAAAGUAAAGCACAUGCUUUUAAAAAAAGAGGAAAGUCUGGGGAAAAUGGAGCAAGAGUUGGAGGCACGAACCAGGGAACUUAGUCGCACCCAGGAGGAGUUGAUGACCUCCCAUCAGAUGUCGUCAGACUUAAGCCAGAAGCUAGAAGAAUUGCAGAGACACUACUCAGCGCUGGAAGAACAGAGAGAUCGUGUGACAGCUUCAAAAACAGGUGCAGAAAAUAAAAUCACAGCCCUGGAGCAAAAGGAACAAGAGCUCCAAGCAUUCAUUCAGCAGCUUUCCGUUGAUUUGCAAAAGGUCACUGCUGAAACUCAAGAGAAAGAAAAACUCAUCACACAUUUGCAGGAGAAGGUUGCGUCCUUGGAAAAGAGACUGGAGCAGAACUUCUCAGGAGAAGAACACGUGCGGGAACUCCUGAAAGAGAAAAUGGUUGCUGAGCAGAAUUUGGAGGACACCAGGCAGCAGCUCUUGGCAGCCAGAAGCAGCCAGGCCCAGGCCCUUGACGUCCUGGAGACUCGGGUACAAGAACUAGAGCAGAGCCUGCAGGCCUCUGAGGAGAAGCUAAAACAGAGCAGUGACAUCGUGGCAGCUCAAGAAGCUCAGAUUCAGGAGCUUGCCGCCACAAGCAAGGAGAGCAGCCGUGCCCAGCAGCAGGUCCUCGCUGUGGAGCAGCAGUGCAGGGAGCGCAUCCACGCGCUGGAGGCCCAGCUCGCUGCCCUAGAGAGAGCUCGGGCGGCGGAGCAGACAGCCGCAGAGCGGGAAGUGAGAGAGCUGGAGCAAGAAAAUGCAGCCCUUAAAGAAAGUAAGAAUGAAUGUGAAUGUUCUUUACAGCAUCACCAACUUGAGCUAAAGAAGCUAAAGGAAGAAUGGAGCCAAAGAGAAAUUGUGAGUGUGGCAAUGGCUCAAGCACUGGAGGAGGUGCGGAAGCAGAGGGAAGAGUUCCAGCAACAGGCUGCUAACCUGACAGCCACGGUAGAUGAGAAGGAGCAGAUUCUGCAGGAAAAAACUGAAGUGAUUCUCCAGAAAGAGCAGGAGAUUCUCCAGCUGAAGAAAGGUCAUGACUCGGCCCUGCUGCAGACACACCAGCUGCAGAGCGAGCUGGAGGCCCUGAGGAGCCUGCGGGCGCAGGAGUCAGAGGCCACUGCGCGGGAGGGCCUGCUGAGGCAGCCGGGCCAGGCGCAGGGGUUGGCGCUCUCAGUCAGCGAGCCUCACGUAACCUUGAGGGCCAUGCAGGACCCCACAUACCAGCUUCCGGCUGCAGGGGGAAUACCAAAUGGUGAGAUGGGGGCCAUGGAUCUGAGGCAGCUACAGAAGGAAAAACAGGACUUGGAGCAGCAACUUCUAGAGAAAAAUAAGACCAUAAAGCAGAUGCAGCAGAGGAUGCUGGAACUCAGAAAGACUCUGCAGAAGGAACUGAAAAUCAGACCUGAUAAUGAGCUUUUUGAAGUCCGGGAGAAGCCCGGCCCUGAGAUGCCAAACAUGGCCCCUUCUGUCACGAAUAACGCUGACCUGACUGAUGCCCGCGAGAUCAACUUCGAGUACCUUAAACACGUGGUUUUAAAAUUCAUGUCCUGUCGCGAAUCCGAGGCUUUUCAUCUUAUAAAAGCUGUGUCGGUGUUGCUAAACUUUUCACAAGAGGAAGAGAACAUGCUCAAAGAAACCCUGGAGUAUAAGAUGUCGUGGUUUGGGUCCAAGCCAGCUCCCAAGGGCAGCAUCCGGCCAUCCAUCUCCAACCCUCGGAUACCGUGGUCCUAGAGGGAACUACCCAAGGAUGGUGCUCCAGGGGCUGACUCUCUUUCUGUGAAAAGAACACUGACAGCAGUCUGGGUGGGUUUUUAAUCACUGUAACUGCAGUAUUUUGUACAAGCAUCUAAACAUUGUUUACAAGACUUGAAGCCCACUUCCCUGCAGACUGAUACGAACCUCAGGAGGUAGCUGAUCCUGUCAUUCUGGUCACCAAAUGGGAGGGUCCUGGCACGACCCACAUUUCCACAGUGCUGCUAAAACCCCGGCUCUGGCCAGCACCCAUCUGCACCCGAAUCCUCUGUUAGAUUGCACUUACAGCUGAAGCCGUCAGCGUGUCAGAGGAGCAGCUGAUCCAUUGUGUAGUGAUGACGCUGGAUGUCCAGACAGCGCUUUGCAGUGGUGCCCAUCAGGCUAGACCCGCCUGCUUCUGCCAUGAAGAGCCAACGCAGCGGGGGUGGCUGUUAAAAAUCCUCCUUCCCUGUUAGCAUCUUUGGGUUCAGAUGAGUUAGAAGAGGCUGUUUAAGCCUUCCUCUCAAGAUAACAUUAUUUCACCUUGUUUCUCACACCACCUAGAACUUUAGAUGUGUACUGUAAGGUACUCUGGGACCAGUGUGGAUUAAUGCGUAUGCAACUUUCUGGCAGUAUCUCAUUUUACUGAGGAAAACUAGCAAAUACAUAAAAAGAUCCUAAGUAUAGCACCAAA